AAUUAGCUUAGAACCUUCUUCUGUUCAUCAACUACAUACAUAGUUUUCACCAAAAAAAGGGCCAUAUUGUUCAUAAAAGGAUGCUUGAAGGAAAAGCCGUAGUGCGUGAAAGUGAUAUGCCAAUGGAGAUGCAGAACCGAGUAAUGGAGUUAGCAUAUCAGGCACUUGACCUCCAUGAGGUCUCGGAUUGCCAAUCCAUAGCUCGUUAUAUCAAACAGAAAUUUGAUGAAGCAUAUGGGACAUCAUGGCAUUGUGUGGUAGGCAAAGACUUUGGGUGUUGCAUUUCACAUCUAUGUGGAACCUUUAUCUUCUUCCAUGUUGAAAUAAUGGAGUUUCUCAUCUUUAAAGAUGGCAAGGACUUAAAUGAAACCAAGGAAGAAGCCAUUGGAGUGAUGCAGAAAAACCCAGAAAAUUAAACCAUCAUGAAUAAUUGUUACAAAAAAAGGCAUUUUUUUAGCUAAAAAAUUUUGCAUGCUGAAGAUUUUUCAAUAUAGUGUAACCAUGGUUUAUAUUACAGGUUAAAUUUUGAUAUUUUUCCCUGUAUUUUGUGAAAAUUAUGAAUUUAGUCUCUAUACUUUAAUUUGAUCGUUUUUAA